AUGUUUGGGGCUUUCGACAAAUUCUUAUGGUUGAAUCGAGAAGAUCUGCUUGCAAUGUUCAUGGAAAUCCUAUUAGACUUGGGAGCAAAAGAUCAAGGCGUCGUCUUGGUGCUGGGGAAUCUGCAAGACAAUAUAACGUCUUGCGACUGGUUCUUGACUAAGGUUAACAAGUUGGCUGAAGAAUGUGAAGUCAAAUUCAAGGUACUUGUCACCACUCCGAAAGGUGCACAACCAGAACAAACAGCACUCUGGCCAAGGGCUCGCGUCGAUGUUGAAGCAACCCUUCUGGCCGAGCCUCAAAACUGUCGAGAAGAUAUAGAGGGAACUGAGAGCGACAACGCCACUGCCAAUGUGGAGAGGGGCGAAACACUGAACCGACUAGACCAGUGGCAGUUCGUUGAAGGCAGGUACAAAGCCGCCGCUACUGACGACCUCGACCUCGAUUUCUUGAGACUAGUGCAGGGUAAUCCCAUGACAGAAAGGUAUUGUAACGAGCUUUUCCAUCUCCUCCAAGCAUGCAAGGGCGACCAAGAUUUGCGAUCAAUGGUUAUUAACUGGCACCGAAGCCGGUACUUACUUUCAUAUAUGGACACUCCCGGACUACAAGUCCCGCAAUCGACCUGUGCAACGCCCCAGGUUGUAUUCAAGGCCCUUCUGUCAUCUUUACCUCUGGCAACGGACCGGUUCUUACACAAUAUUUUGAACCUGUUGCUCUAUUCGCUUCGCCCGCUGGGCAUUCUGGAACUGAAUGAUCUAGCCCAAUGCGAUGAGAAUCAGAACAAGAACCUCAAGCUUCUUGAAGCCCCUGCCUUCAGCUUACAUCCUAGGAUUCAGAGCAUCUUGGGUGGACUGGUAAAGGUCAACCAAAAUGAAGUCCAGUUUGCUCAUGUUGACCUUCGUCGAUAUCUUUUGUCCGACGAAUCACCGCUUACAACACCUGGGUGGAAGUCUCACCAGGAGAUAGCAGAUUUCUGCCUUGAGCACAUCAGCACCCGAGGCAGUGACUCCGUGACAAAUGAGUGGCGACGAGGCAGAGCGACUAUUGCGGUCGAAUGGCGGCACACCUUUUUGAACUAUGCGGUGCGAUGGUGGCCUAGCCACGCUCGGCUCUCUGAGGCCGGAAGACCGUACUGCACUACUCAGCUGCUGGAUUUCUGGGACGGUGGCCCCUUAAUGGACUGGGCUAAGAUGCACUGGGAGCUCCAAAACCCUUUUACACGGGGCAGCGUUACGAAAGGAAACCCUUUUGCGAUACUCGCUAGUUAUGGCCUCUCUGAAGCGUUGUUUCGGGUUACCAAUGACCAAAGACCAUCAAAGACGUCUGAUGAUCUGCUUUGCCACAAAGUCGCCCAAUCUGUUGAAGCUGCAGCCGGAACCGGCGAGCUGGAGACUGUUCUCAGCCUCAUCGAGAAAAAGCCAAUUUCUCCAUCCGACUCCUGGGAUAACCUGAUUCUUGCCGCUAUCCAGUCAGGCAAUCAGAAGGUCGCUAUGGAGUUGCUUAACCUUGGGCUUCGAGACUCCAAAAGGUUUCGAGACCCAACUCUGCUCCUGUGUCGAGCUUCUUCACUCGGACAGACAGCAAUCGUUAGAGCACUCCUAUCUUUGGCAAUCGAGAGAGGGCAGAAAAAUGCCACGAUUCUGGAAAUGACCGCUCUGCAGCACGCCUGCUCGAGAGGCAAUCUUGAGGCGGCAAAAGUUCUUGUCGCCUAUGAUGACACUACCUUCAAAAUUGAACACGAUGAGACGGCGCUGGAACUUGCCUGUCAAUUCGGGCAUGCUGAAAUCGUCGAUCUAUUGAUCACGGCCGCAACGUUUCGUCCCGAACUAGCGAAUGUGUUCGACGCUUGUGCGAAACUUGCGAUCAACUUUGGACAUCAUCGUGUUCUGGAUCAUCUCUUGACAGCUUUCAAUCCGGCUGAUCUCGAAGCGGAGGUUGUCGUGAAUUGGGUGACUGCAGUCAUCAACAAGAGACAUACCAAAUGCUGGAAUGUUCUCUGGAAGCACAUCGAAGAUCUGGUCGAUCCGGCUGAGGGCGGGUACAUCGAAGUCCUGAAGAGCGCAAUGAAGUCUGGGUUCUCACCGGCAUAUUGCGACAUGUCAAAAGCUGAAGGGACACUGGCAGGCGGUGGGUAUGCCAACUUUCUCGAGUGGGGGAUUGAGCAAGGGUGCGAAUUGCAAGCCAUCGAAGCAAUUGUCACCGCAGCUCGUGAACAAUGCCCUGGGGAAGAGAUUGCCUGGACGCUUGAGGACGCCCUCCAUCUUGCGGUGAGAGAACAGCGAGAAGACGUCGUGAGCCUGCUUGUCCGUGCUGGAGCACCACUCAACAAAAGCGUUUGGAGGAGUAGAACUCCGUUGUUCCAUGCAGUCUACACUCAAAGUUCUGGCAUAGCUCGCAUUCUGAUCGAAGCAGGAGCAGACCUGGAGGUGCCAGAUGAUGAUGGUUGGCGGCCGAUCCAUGGUGCUUAUGACGAUGCAGCCAUUACUCGUUUACUGAUCCAGAAGGGAGCCGACAUCAAUGCUAGGACGAAUAAUGGAUGGACAUGUCUUUACUUUGCGGCAAAGUGGAACAAAGAGAAAGUUCUCGAGGCUUUGCUCGAGCACAGACAAAAGAUCAACCCGGACGCCAUACAGGAGGCUUUGAGCGCGGCCGUCUCCAAACUGAACACUGGAUGUGUCGGGCGCCUCUUGGACGCUGGGGCAGAUCCCCGAAACCUUCCUUCACAAGGGUCCGAAGAACUUAUGAGUGCCGUCAAUGGGUGUGCCAAAGCCAUAGUGAAAAUGCUUCUGGAGUUCAACCUGGAUCUGGAAAAGGCCAAGGACGUAUACGGGUACUCGGUUUUGAAUCGAGCCGUUCUCCUCACCCGGCGUAAUGAUGAUGAUUCGAUCGUCAAAGCCUUCGUCAACAGAGGGGCCGACCUAGAAAGUGCCAGCAAUGACGGUUACACAGCUCUCUGCAGCGCGGCAUGGCAAGACAACCUGGAAAUCGCUCGGUACCUGAUCCUCAAAGGCGCGAGGAUCAACAUCACCGGCGGUCCCCAUGGCGGGCCGCUAAUACGUGCAUGCCGGAUGGCGUCUUUAGACAUGGUCAAGCUGCUGUGCAAGUACGGAGCAGACACCAACAUCGUCCAUCCUGGCGUCAAUGGCACCCCGCUUCAGGCAGCUCUCCUUCGCGAGCCGGGUCCGGAAAAGGAUAGCAUCAUCAAAUACCUGCUGGACGAUGCCGAGUACACGGCCGAUGCGAACCUGGCCAGUAACUGGUGGGGAGGGCCGUUGAACGUGGCAAUCCUCAGCGGGACCAUGGAAGUCGUCGGGCUAUUGGUGAAAAGGGGCGCAAAAGUCGACGGCGUGGACAAGGUCGGCCGCCAGGCCAUCCACUACGCUCUGUACCGCUCAAUCGAUCGGGUCGAGCUUCUCUGUCGGCCUGAACAUGGCGCGCAGCUUUUCGAGCCCGACAAAAUGGGCAGGGGCGCUCUCCACCUUGCGGUCGUCAGCGGGCGACUCGACCUGGUUCAAUAUGUUCUGGAGAAGGCGAAAGAGAGGGGUCUCGAUGUCGUCAACGCCAGGGACAGGGACCAAUGGACACCACUUCUCUGGGCCAUGCGGCAAUGCACCCUAUGGGAAGCCCAAUCCGAUCAAAGACAAGCAAUCCUCGAAGAACUGCUGCGCCACGGAGCAGAUCUCUUUGCGGAGGGUCUGGGCCUGGACCGGAAGUGGACUGCUCUGAAGCUCGCGAACCACUACGGCCUCCCUCACAGCAUCAUCGAAUUCUUGGAGACUCGUGCCGCCGGGUCGAAUCGAGACUGGGACAGUCCGUCGCGGCACGCUAGAAAGGCCAAACCUUGCAACGAAGGUUAUUAUUGCGAUGCAUGUUUGAUUCUUAUGGUUGGGGUAUACUACCGGUGCGACCAGUGCGGAGGUUUCUUCCUGUGCUUCAAGUGCUACCGGUCCAAGGAGAUUGUCCAUCCCAGACACCUGUUCACCGAUAGAGGAGAGGAGUACGACUACGAUAGUACAGAAUAUGGGGGUGAGGAUUCGAAUGGAGAGGGUUCUGAAGAAGAACGGCAGAGGGAAGAGCGCGACAGCGUCGAUACCACCGGCCCUUCUAUAGAGGAAAGCCGCCGAGGACGCUGA